AUGGCAAGAGAUACCUAUACUCAAAGUCAUACAGCAAGAUCAAGCUCCACCUUUCAUACAUAUGCAACUACACAAUCCAGUCAAUCAGGAUCUAUUUAUGCUGACACAGUUGCUGUUCCAAGAGCACCUCAAAGAAAGAUAUCAAGUGUGGCUGAUAGAGGUCAAGGUGUUGCUGGUAGAGGUCAAGGUGCUAUUGGUAGAGGUAAAGGUAGUUCUGGUAGGGAUGGUGGUUCUGGUAGAAGUCAAUAUGGUGCUGAUAGGGGAUGUGGUUCUGGUAGGGGUCAAUGUGGUGCUGAUAGGGGAAAUGAAGGAGGAACUAGUAGAGGUCAAGGAGGGAGUGGUGGAGGAUUGAAAAAAAAAUAG